AUGACUGGUGGUGUGUAGUGUAGUGUAGUGUCGUGGUAAGUCAUGGCUGGCUGUGGCAUGAGGAGCGGGAGCAUCAGCUGCAGCGUCCUGGGAGCGAUCAUCCUGCUGGUCACAUGCUUGGCGUCUUCGGCAUGGGCAAUGCGUGUCUCGCAGACUCCUAAACGCCAGCCUGGAUUCCAGAGAACAAGUACAACCAACACUGAGGCUCCACCACCACCACCCCACAAGGGAGCCUACACCAUCACCAAGCCCCGGAACCAGCUGCUGAUGCUGGAGGAGGAUGACGCAGCGUUAACGCAGACUCAGGGGCAAUCGCAGGCUCAAACGCAGGCGCAGGCUCAGGCUCAAACGCAGGCUCAGACGCAGGCGCAGGCUCAGGCACAGGAGGCGCGGGGAGUGACUACAGAGGUUGCCGCUGGUGAGCACUCCUUGAACUGCACUCUGGACCCGUCUGUCAGUAUAGCGUGUGGGGCGCCGGACAUCACCGCUGCGGAGUGUAACACCAUCGGCUGCUGCUUCCUAGAAGGACAGUGCUACUACGGGAAAAAAGUGACUGUGCAGUGCACUAGAGACGGGCAGAUCGUGCUGGUGGUGGAUAAGGGGGUGACUGAGCCGCGCCUCAGCAUAGACCAAGUCAGCCUGAUGGAGGCAGUCGAAGACGGCUGCCUCCCCAUCGACCAGGGCGAGAGCAUCAUCUACCAGUUCCCUGUCACUGCCUGUGGAACAGUCCUGAAUGAGGAGGAGGGCUCUCUGCAUUACUCUAACGUCAUGUUUGCCUACUAUGAGGUGGGACUUGGGCCGCGCGGCAACGUCACCCGAGACAGUAUGUAUGAGCUGCUGUUUGAGUGCCGCUUCAGUGAGACUGCUGUAGCAUCAGUGCAGUCCGAGAUGAUGGCCCUGCCUCCCCCAGCCCCCCUGGUGGUAAACGGACCGAUGAGGAUGGACAUGCACCUUGGCAGCGGACAAUGCCCUCACCAGGACUGCAAUGCAGAUGAGGCAGCGUUCACGUCGUUCUACACUGCAGAGGACUACCCGGUGACCAAGAUGAUCCGGGACCCAGUGCAUGUGGAGGUGCGAGUGCUGGACAGGACCGACCCAAACCUGGUGCUGCAGCUGGGGAACUGCUGGGCCACGGCCGGCCCAGACUCCGAAAGCAUGCCGCAGUGGGACCUCCUAGUCGAUGGGUGUCCAUAUGAGGAUGACUGGUACAUGACCCAGUUGCUGCCGCUGUUUGACUCCGCUGGCCUGCAGUUCCCCUCCCAUCACAAGCGCUUUGUCAUGAAGAUGUUCACCUUCAUCGAUGAGGACCGGCUUCCCCUCAAGCAGACGAUCUACAUCCACUGUAGUGCUGCCGUGUGCUACCCGACUGCCUCUGAGCCAUGCGAGCAGAGCUGCAAAAGGCAAAGGAGAGCUGCCCCUUUGUUGCACAAGGAGGUCGAUGGACCCACAGUCUCCAGUGGAGAGGUGCGCAUCAUUAGUGGCAAGGCACUGCACUGAAUGUCUGCUUUUAAAAUAAAUAAUGAAACAUU